AAAAUUUUCGAAACGAAUUAUGUUAAUAUAUAAUAAAUGGCGCCGCGGCCAUGUCCCCUCACCCCCUAAUUUUUCGCUGUUGCUAUUUAUUUUUCAUAAAUUCCCUCUCUCUCUCUCUCUCUAGCUCUAGAAACAUUGCUCUGUGCAACUGAUUCUUUGUCUCUGCCAUACUGUUGCAUUUGCUGUCGAGAACUGGUAUUGUAGCUGAAAGGUGCUUCAGUUAUUUUUCCUGAAUUAUAUUAGAUAUUCUGCAGACAUUGUUUGAUUGUGUAAUUGCUGGUGGAAUAGCUGAGGAUCUUGGCUGUGAUUAUUGGAGGUGGUUUUAUGCUAUUAGAGUAAUAGUGACUAGUUUAUUGAUAAUUCUAUUAAGUCGUGUGGUCUAAUUGAGGUAGGAGACAGAGUUAAGAGGUUUAGAAAUGGCUGUUGCCGGUUUACACAAUGUCCCGGAUUUUGCUCGUUCCUUCUUUAGUGAGUCACAGAAAAGAGACCCCGGCAGAUGGGAUGAUGACCAUUGUAGGCACAGCACAAGGGCAUCCGCGCUCUUGCAGAUGUGGCGGGAGAUUGAGGGCGAACAUGUGUUGAGUCAGUCAUACAGGUCAAGGCAACACAGGAAACGGUUCUGAUUCUGAGUGCAGAAGCACAUCCACGUCUGUAGGAGACAGGAGUGAGAAUGGUGAUGCUUUCUCUCAAGUUUCUUAUGAGUCUGAAAACCAAGGGUUAAGUGGUUCAGAGACCGAGCAUGAAGAUAAUAACAGUGUUAUAUCUGAGCAAUCUAAUGACUUGGGAGAAAUUGAACGGGAAAGGGUGAGGCAAAUUUUUCGAGAGUGGAUGAAUAGUUGUCCUAAGGGUCAUCCAUCUUAUGGAUCCAAUCGCAAAAACCGUUCAUGGCAAUGUGAUGGUGAUAUUGAAUCUAAAAGGGUAAGAAUUCUCAGAGAACGGGCACAGAAUACUACCCAGCGGAGAAGUGUCUGUGCGUCAUCUGGAGAGGGAGUUGCUGAAGUUAGGUCUCAAACUGUGCAGGUGAGUGAUGGAUUGGUAAUUAAUCGUCCAGAGAUUGGUGCACGAAGGCCUCUUCGUAGGUUAUGUGGGAGACAGACUCUUCUUGACCUUCUCUUGAAGGCUCAAAGUGAAAGAAAAAGAGAACUUGUAAGCCUGUCAGAGCAGAAACCCGUGUCUGAUUUUGCUCACCGUAAUCGCAUUCAGGCGCUUCUCAGAGGUAGGUUCCUAAGAAAUGGAAGACUGGUGGUGGAUGAAAGACCAUCUUCAGUGGCUGCCACUGAACUGGGUUAUCUUAGACAAAGACAAACAGUUUCCGACCUUAGGGAAGGAUUCCUCUCCAAGUUGGAAACUGGAUCUGCUUCAGUGAACAGUGCUGGGUCCGAUUCUUGUUCUAAUGAUGGAAAUAAGGAUGAAGCUGAGUCUACUUGCACUGAAGGGGGAGUUACUGGAAAUCGUAUAGCUGCAAACUUGGAAGGUACCACCACAGAUGGAAACAUGAAUAUGCAAGAACUUGAAGUACAAAUUGAUGAAGCAGAGGAGCCUGUUUUGGUUAAUGAAGGAUGCCAAGGAGAUGUGUCACUUUGUGCUGAAAGUGCUACUAGUGUAGAGGAAUCUGUUUUGGUGAUUGAAGCGAGGCAGGAUGGAGUACGUAGUCUUGUUGACCAUGAACAUAUAAAUGUCACAUUUAACGAUGAAUCGUUGUUAGGAUAUGCGGGCGUAAACUGCAGUAGCUCUGAGCUAUAUAAUGAAAAUUAUGAAUCGAUAAGUGGUAUAAGUUCGGUUGAUGAAGUAGUUGAUGGUACUACUGGCUUGGAAGGAAACACAAAUGGGGAAUUUGAUUCACACGAUGUUUCAGUUGAAGCCGAAGUAUACCAAGAUCCAGUAACUGAGAUUGAAGAAAGUAUCGGGCAAAAUGUAAACACUGUUGCGUUUACUGAUGGUAGCAGACAAGACAGGGACAGAAGUUGGGAAGAAAGAGCCUCUAGUCAAUCAUUUCCUGGACCAUCUGGUAACAAUGUUGAAGAGCAAGAUCAGAUGCAAGAUUCUCAUGACUGGCCGAACCAUGAUUUGCAAGAGGCUAUUGACAGUUGGUUAGACAUGCCUUCUAGUGAGGCCAGAGAAUCUGUUAGAGAAGUUGAUACAUCUUAUUUCCUUGACGAUGACAAUGUUAACAGUAUGGAACUGAGGGAGCUUUUCAGCCGGAGACGUGUAUCUAGCCUUCUCCAAAGCAGUUUUCGUGAGAGUCUAGAUCAGGUGUUACAGUCUCAUGUAGAAAGGCUUGGUCAUGCUUCUGUUGAUUGGGAACUGGAGACUGCAUCCUUUCCUUCUCAUAUUGAGCAAGAUCCUGAACAGCAAAAUGGUGAUCAAUUUCCGGUUCCUUCUGAAAGUGCGGAAAGAAACCCAUUCACUCAGUCUUCAACGCUUUUUGAGGCAUCCCAGCAACUUUGGAACGGGGAUUUGCAGGUUACAGAUUGGGCACGCCAUUACUUAAAUCAGCAGUUUGGAACAGAGUGGGAGGUCAUUAAUGAGUUAAGGAUUGACAUGGCUAGGCUUCAGCAGAGGAUGAACGAUAUGCAAGGUAUGCUGGAAGCUUUCAUGGACAUGCAAGUAGAGUUGCAGCGUUCGUUGCAUCAAGAGGUUUCUGCAGCUUUAAAUAGGUCAAUCUCUUCAGGAGAUGCAGCCAACGACAACCAGAUUCACACUGAAUCUCAAUGGGAUCAUGUCAAGAGAGGAAUUUGCUGCCUAUGUCAGCAGAGUAAAAUUGAUUCCUUGCUCUACAGGUGUGGGCACAUGUGCACCUGUACAAAUUGUGCAGAAAAUCUGAUUCAGUCUCAGGGAAAGUGUCCGAUGUGCUGUGCCCCGGCAGUAGAAGCUGUCCGCGCCUACUUCGUCCAGUAACAAAAGGAAAUUCACCAUACAUGUAAAAACUGCAAAGGAGUUGAAUCAUGCAAAUCCUUCCUGCAUUACCCCCACCUCAGGUAACAAGCUUUUAGAUGAGAUGGCCGUUCAACACUAGAGUUGAACUCAUAUGAUUUUGUGUUUUUAUCAGCAGACGACGCCUUUGAUUUAUCGUCGAAAAUUACAAGAGCUGGGGCAUAUCUGCAGCCAUUCUCCCUUAUAGCAUAAAGUGUUUGCUUCUUGAAUAGAGAUUUUAGUUACAGGCAUCUCUCACCCCCAAAGUCAUUGGCUAUUAGUGAUGGCUUUUUUACUGUAAAUAAACCUUUUACAAGAGAGCUCAAAUACAUCAAACUCACCCCUCAUAGAUUUAUUAUAGAUGAUUUUGCUUCCAUCUAUGUAGAAGGGGGAUAUACCAUCUUCGACUUCUUGAUCAAAAUGAGAUUAUUUAUAUUUGCGCCA